AUUACGACUGUCGGAUGAAUAUUCAUAUUGAGAUAUUAUCAUUGUAUGGUUGAGCUUCGUAACUCAGAGAUAUCAGUUGACGGGUAAAGUAUUUCAACUCCUGCCGCGUUUAUCAUAAAAAUGUUUUAUUUUUAGCUUUUAAAUAAAUUGAAACAAAUAGGUUUGUCUCGGCGAUCGUUCUCAUAUACAGGGGCCGCAUAAUUUCGUGUGAUAUAAUAGCGCGUUUCUUAACUACCGUAGUCACAACGCGAGCGUUAUAACAGAGUAAAGAUGUUCUCGCGGUUCGUUAUCGUUGCCUGUCUUUGCCUAGGGUUUUCAAGCGCCUGGCUAUUCAGCGGUCCAGAUUGUGAUGAGCAAAACAGCUGCAAAACUUGUGCUCAAACCGAAAGCUGGUCAGGAAAGCGAUGCCGUUGGUGUCCCCGUACGUCAACAUGCCACGCUCACGGCAGCGUGGUGAACAAAUGCUCGCGAGCGGAAAAUGUCGUCAACUCUAAAGACUGCAACAAGAUAGUUCAAAAAAAGUACGACAAAAAUCUCGCGUAUAAAUUGGUCCAACUUUGCGCAUUAGCGUACUCUCCCGACGUCGCGAAGUACAAAACUAAAGCUGAGUCAGACGAAGUAAAAACAUUUCAUCUUGUGAAGCAAGUUAUAAAUUCUUGUUCAGGAGAGGCAAUGUGCUCUGGUUUCGUCGCUGUUUCGCAUUCGGAAAAAGCCAUCGCCAUCGCAUUCCGCGGUACCGAACAUUCGCAACAACUAAUCACCCAAAUGAAACGCGUUUUAUUGGAGCAAAAACAGUCCUUCGAAGCGGGUGGAAAAGUUCAAGGAUAUUUCAAGGAUGCAUUUGAAGUUGUGUGGAAAGACUUAAAAAGCUAUGUUUACGAACAGAUAAAGAAGUAUCCAAAUUACGAAGUUUGGGUGACAGGACAUUCUCUCGGUGGAGCGCUUGCAUCUCUUGCCAGUACAACGAUCGCAUUCGAAAGAAAGAAGAGACACCAAAAGAAGACACCAAAAGACAACUUGGUAUUGUACACCUUUGGUCAACCCAGAGUUGGUAACUACGAUUACGCUUUUGCUCACGAUAAUUUGGUGCCUCAAAGUUUUCGAGUGACGCAUUAUCGCGAUGUAGUUGUCCAUCUUCCGACCUGCACAGUGUUCCUACCCGGUACCCCCUGUAUUUCCUUGGGUGGCGGUCCGUAUCAUCACGGCAAGGAAGUCUUCUACGGAACCGAAAUCAUGGCAAAAGACUCUUCAUACAAAACGUGCAAUGGAAACCCGAAAAAUGAAGAUUUUGGUUGCAGUGAUAAUCCCUUGGUAUGGGGGCGAUGCUUCACUGGGGAGGCAGCUCGUUGCGUUGAAGACCACAAGCAGUACUUUGGCUUAAACGUUGGUAUUUGGUGGAAAAGUAUUCAAGUGUGAACGAUGUAUACCUUCUGAAUCUAUUAUCUUCUUUACUCUUUGUUUCAAUUAGUUAAAAAAUAUGUCAUUUCACACAGGCUAUAGCUAUAAUUAAAAUUGUUACAUGCACACAAAAAUAAUGGGGCUGCUGGGGCGAGUGUGUUUAAUCAUUAAACCUUUAAAUAAAAGUAAGAUAAAACAACGUAUAUUUCGCACUAUGAAACUGUAUAUAAGGGGGGUUAGGCGAUUUUAUCAAUUAUAGGUGGACUAGAAAUGUAUUUUUGCCUGCCCGAAAUAAUUUUACACUUUUAUGCCGCGAACAUCGCGAUAAUCUGUUAUAAUAUUAUACAUCAUAAAUAGAACUUUUGUCGUUACCGACCUUAUCGUAUUGAGCUACUUCCUUUAAAGACUUUAACGCUCCUGCCGAUAAGUUGAAAUCGCAAUCGGUAAAAGGGUCGUUUACCAGUGUACAAAAUAUGCAGUAAUAAGUAAAUUUUUAGAACACGUAUAUGCGCAGUAUAUCGGCCGGGUAUUGUGAUGCAUGUAUUGAGCAUGCAGGGUUUCAACAAUGCAAGGAAAUUUCCUUGGAAUUGACAACCACAAGGGAGGGAUGGAUCUGUGUUAAUAGAAUAUAUUAUGCAUAUUUUUCAAAACUUCUUUGUUUCGCUUUUUUGUCAUUGCUAUCAAGGGGUAACAUAUACUAUAAUGAAUAUACGCGAUGACUGCCACGAGGAGAGAAAAGUUAGGCGAACCCGGAUUCUUCCAGUAAAGCAAUAAUCUCCAAUAAGCAUACCUGCAACAACGACGCUCGCUGUGGCAGUUUUCUUCCCAG